AUGAGCAGAUAUCUACGGGUAGACGUGCUAAUAAGUUGUAGAGGUACACCUUGUUAUCUCUCAGAUGUUCCGUUGGAUUUUUUCGAAAAAAAAAAAAAGCAAAAUGCACAAGGAGAAAAAAAUGGUACCUUGAGCGAUAAAAACAACGAAAGAGUAAAAACAGAUAGAAUCAAAGAAAAAAACACUUUUUCCAUUUUAAAAAAUCCAAAUGGGAAAAAUAUCCAUAGUGACAGGAACUCCACGGAUGUAUGUACAAGUGCGUCUACCGAAAUAGAGAAAAAAAAAAAAAAAAAAAAAAAAAAUUAUUUCAAGUUGAAGAAGAAAUGGAAAAAUAAGUGUUCCAUGAAAAAUACCUGUCUUAAGUAUAAAAUAUUCACCAUAUGUAAUUACGACUUUGUAAAAGUUAUUAGAAAUGUGAGACAAGUUAAGCGUGUUGGAAAUGAGGUGAACAGGACUGACCGUAGAAAAGACAAAAUAGUAAGAACAUGGGGAGUAGUAGGAACUCACUUGGCAAAUGUUUUCGAUCAGCAUGGCAUAGAACAUAUGACUGAUCCUGAGAGGGUAGAAAAAAUAAAAAUUCUACAACAAAUUAAAGAAGAAAAGAUCUGUAUAGAGAAUCCAAUUCAAAAGAAAGUAAUGUGUGAAUAUACCAUUUAUUGGAAAAAGCACAAGAAAAUAAAUAUCAUCUUCACAGAAGGGUAUAACAAGAAGAAGAAAAAAAUUUUGCAAAAAAGAAUAAAAAAAAUUUACAUAUUUCCAAAAGAAAGUACUUUUAAUCCUUUUAUGAAUAAAUAUAUGUGUUACGAGGAUGUGAUAAAAUUAGAGAGGCACUUGACUAAGCAUUUAGUGCAUGAACAUGUAAUAGUAAUGGAAAAUUAUUUUAGUCUAAAUGAUGAAAUUGCUGUUAUGUACAAAUAUGGUGGCGUAUCUCUCAUGAGAUGGGAUAAAGACCAAAAAAUCUUUCAACUUGAGGAUAUGGCUACACGUAGGAACAGAGGCACACGAGGGUGUAAAAAAAAAUCCAGGGUCUUUUUUGCAAAAACGAGUGUGCAGGAGGGGAGCAACAAGAAUGAGAAGAAGAGGAAGGCUCUUGCGGAUGAUGUGGUUGAUGUGGUUGAUGUGGUUGAUGUGGUUGAUGUGGUUGAUGUGGUUGAUGAGGCUGAUGUGGUUGAUGUGGUUGAUGAGGCUGUUGAGGCUGAUGUGGUUGAUGUGGUUGAUGAGGCUGUUGAGGCUGUUGAGGCUGAUGUGGUUGAUGAGGCUGUUGAGGCUGUUGAGGCUGAUGUGGUUGAUGUGGCUGAUGUGGCUGAUGAGGCUGCUAAUGCUGCUUGCUCAAGGGGAGGUCGGUCAAGAGCAGGUGAGGUAUCACUAGGAAUAUCUCGCCCAGAUAGGGCUCAGACAUGUGCAAAGGGGUAUCCAGACAGAAAUUUAAUUGAUAGAGGACCAAAUAAAAGAGAGAGAAAAACUGUCAAAGAUGAUGCCAAAACAAGCAUGGGUGAUAAAGAGUCAUAUAUGAAUUUAGGAAAAUAUACCUACAUGUGGAGAAGUAAUCUGGGGACGAGAAAAAAAAAAAAGGAAAAAAAAAAAAAAAAAAAUGUAUAUAUUUACAUUUAUCCAGAAUAUCUGAUGGCAGAAAUUAUGAGACAACUGUUAACAGUAUGCUUUUAUCUGUAUGAAAAAAAAAUAUUUCAUAGUGAUAUAAAACCAUCAAAUAUAGUUGUAAAAAAUGUAAGGAAGAAAAAUAUGAAUAGGAUUUAUUAUUGUAAACGGGAAAAAAAAUGGUAUUUGCAUAAACUCGGUGUAAUUAUAAAAAAAAAUAUAUAUAUCAAGCUCAUUGAUUUUGAAUAUGCCCAAAAAAUAUAUGAAGACAAAGCGAAUAUUGGAGGUACAACAUCGUUAUUUAAACCACUUGAAGAUUUUCAACAUGUAAAAAUUGAUGCUUCAUCCAAAAUGGUGUGGACUUUGGGAAUAACGCUUUUCAUAUUAUCAACAGGCACACAUCCCUUCAGCAAAAUAAAUAACGAUAUGCAUAUUUUGUACCUACUACAAGAUAAAAAUUUUGAUGUGAGAAAACGGUUCAUAAGGUACACUUAUUUUUCGAAUUCCUUUAAAGACCUCCUUGAGAAAAUGCUGAAUGUCGAUUGCACCCGCAGGGUCCCUUUCUUUGACUUGUUUCUUCACCCCUUCGUUCUUUUCGGGGGCGAGGUCACGUGGUGA